UCAAAUCCACACUACUUUCGCCAUUUCCAAGAUAAAACCCUCUUUUCUUUCAUCAAAUAUCAACAAACCCAUUUCAGAAUUCAUCCCAAUUUCCACUUAUUAUGUGGUUGUUUCGAAAACCAGGACCUUCUGGGUUCUCGCAUUAUUCAACCGCCGAGCAGGUUACCGAUGGGAUUGAUGCCUCUGGUCUCACCGCCAUUGUAACAGGAGGAUCAAGUGGUAUCGGGCGUGAAACAGCACGUGUUCUAGCGUUGCGCGGGGCACAUGUCGUUAUGGGUGUCAGGAAUAUGACCGCUGGCAAACAGGUUCAAGAAGCGAUCAUGAAUGAAAUCGCAACAGCCAAAAUUGAUGCAAUGGAGUUGGAUCUUAAUUCCAUGGCAUCUGUUAGGAAAUUUGCUUCCGAUUUUAAUUCAAGUGGUCAAUCAUUAAACUUAUUAAUAAACAAUGCAGGUAUAAUGAUGACUCCAUUUAUGCUCUCUAAAGAUAACAUAGAGCUACAGUUUGCUACCAAUCAUCUAGGUCACUUCCUUCUGACCGUUCUGUUGCUGGACAAUAUGAAAAAAACAGCACGUAAAAGUAAGAAAGAGGGAAGGAUUGUGAAUGUAUCGUCCGAGGCCCAUAGGUUUACUUAUCCUGAAGGAAUUCGUUUUGAUAAGAUGAAUGACGAAAAACAUUACAGUAAAUAUCAAGCAUAUGGUCAAUCAAAGCUAGCCAACAUCCUGCAUGCUAAUGAGCUUACAAGACGCCUGAAGGAAGAGGGAGCAGAAAUAACUGCAAACUCUCUUCAUCCGGGAGUAAUCUCGACGAAUUUAUUCCGCCAUAUUUUUACUCCUCCCAGCUUUGCUGAAGGUUUUGUUAGCAAGCUGAGCAGCUGUCUGAUGAAAAAUGUUGAGCAGGGAGCGGCUACAACAUGCUAUCUAGCACUGCACCCGGCGGUGAAAGGGGUAAGUGGUAAAUAUUUUUUGGAUAGCAACUUGGCGGAGACGACAGAACAGGGUAAAGACAUGGAUUUGGCAAAGAGAUUGUGGGAUUUUAGCAUCAAUUUGAUCAAGUAAACAGAGAUUGUGUCUUGUCUGUUUGCUUUAGAGAUAUAUAAAUGGUUCUGGCUUUGGGUUUCAUAUCAAUAAAAUUCAAACUGUGGGGAAUACUUGUGAUCUUUACAUGUUAGCCAUAGUUGAAUUAAGAAACAUCCAUGGAUGGAUGGAUGGAUGGCUCAUACACGUCAACAGAUAGCCUUAAUGAACAUAUCAUAUUCUCUAAUAAAACCUUUUUUUU